UGAAACAGCCUAAUUGUGCUCAGAGCCUAAUACAUGCGGAAGUCGGGAAUGCAAAAAAAGUGGUUAGUUCUAUGAUCACAUGUGUUUUGUUAAUUAACAAACAAAACGUUAUUAAAAGUUACAAAAUAUUAUUAUCUUAUUAAUAAAAGUAAUUGUUUAACAGAAAUUUAAAAAUGGCGUUGGUAGCGAUCUCUAGAGCCAGUAGUCGAGUGUCAAUAGAUUCGACCUUCAACCAUUUGAAUCAUUUGGGAGCCAUCGCCCGACAGAGACAGCCGUGCUUUGCAGUAUUUGCACAAAGUUUUGUCGCAGAAGCAAAAAAAAUGAGCCUGCCACGCGUUUUCUUUGAUAUGACCGCAGACGGCAAGACAGUGGGUCGCAUCGUAAUGGAGUUGCGAACCGACGUAGUCCCUAAAACUUCAGAAAAUUUCCGAGCCUUGUGCUCUGGAGAACACGGCUUCAGUUACAAAGGUAGCAGCUUCCAUAGAGUUAUACCAAACUUUAUGUGUCAGGGUGGGGAUUUUACAAAUCAUAAUGGCACAGGAGGAAAAUCCAUUUACGGUGCGAAAUUUGAAGAUGAGAACUUCCAAUUGAAGCAUGUAGGACCAGGAGUUCUAUCAAUGGCAAAUGCGGGUCCAAACACUAAUGGUAGUCAAUUCUUUAUUACGAGUGCGAAAACAUCAUGGCUGGACGGUAAACACGUUGUUUUUGGAAAAGUAGUUGAAGGCUUGGAUGUUGUUAGAAAGUUGGAAGCUUUGGGAUCGCAAAGUGGCAAAACCGCAAAGAAAAUUCUAAUAAACAAUUGUGGAGAAGUGUCGUAAUUUGGUCUCAAUAAGUCUAAUUUACUUUAAAUAUUGCAUUUUUCUUUAGCUAAUAAAUACACUUAUUUUUAUCAAGAUUUAAUGAAAAGCCAGUCUUCGUUGCCCUUCAUUCAAGAAAUGUACAUUAUUUACAAACCAAAGAUAUGUUUUCUGUAUUGUGUAUUUCUAUUAGUUGCAAUAAUUUCGACCCCCAUUGUGUUGACGGCAUAAUAAUGUCCCUGUGGUUAUUAGUAACAUUAAUUAAAAUCCAAUAUAAAGAAUAGUUUCAAAAUAUUCUGCAGAGAUUAUAAAAUUUCUUUAUAAAAUAAAGAGGCAAAAAGUACUUGAA